AGGGGAAGCGAUAAUCGCCUGGUACUUCCGCUGCGAAUCAAGGAUCACGAUCACGUUCUACGAGUAGUUUCAAAACUGGAACAACUUCCUCCCAUCGUUGAUUUUGUUUUCCUUUAUAUUUACGAGCAAUGUCUCUGUUCGGUGAAUAUCCAUGUAUCAAUCAAACAAUUGCUCCAAGUUACAUUUCGUUUACUUCAGCGGCAAUAUCAGUUCCGAUGUGCUUGUUUACCAUCGCUGGCAACCUUCUCGUGGUAUUGGCAAUUUUCAUGGACCCCAACAAAGAUCUAAAAUCGCCGUUUAAUUACUUUGUGGCGAACCUAGCCAUCAGCGACCUUGUGGUGGGAUUUGUCGUCGACCCGUUAUCCUUUGCAUAUCAUCUGAGCGAAGGAGUUUCAAGGAAAUAUCCAGCCCCAUUGGCUUACAUCCACAUGCCAUACUUCAUCUCGUGUACGGCGUCUGUUCUCAGUUUAGCGGCUUUGACUGUGGAUCGACUCUUGGCGAUAACGUCUCCGUUGACUUACCGAACAAAGCUGAACCCUAAGCGAGCAGGCUUUGUGGCGGCUGGUAUAUGGGCCUUUUCACUAAGCUUCCCGUUUAUUUACUUUGUGACGGGCUACCUGACUUACGCAUUUGUCUUCGCUCACACUGUCAUAAUUUUCACUUUCCUGGUCAUGUUGACAACGUAUUACAAGAUUUUUCGCGUAUUGAAAAAUCAAGUGAAACAGUGGGACUCGAUGGAUCACACGAACGUGGACAAUCAGGCCAAGAGACAGGCGGCAAGAUGGGAACAGAAAGUGACAAAGACUUUUAUCAUUAUUUUGGCCCUCUUCUUAGCAUGUUAUCUACCUUCCUGUAUUUCCAUCUACAUCACGAAUCUCUGCAGUGCCUGCAGUUGUACGUUUAUUCACUGGGUCAGAGAUUUUCAUUUCCUUUUGAUACUUGCCAACUCAGGGGUGAACCCCAUUAUUUACGCCUGGCGAUUUGACAAUUUCAGAAAAGCGUUUCAAAAGCUUCUGUCCUGUAAAAAUUGUUCAUGUCAUCGUCAAGGAAGAGCUGUAGAAUUAAACACCCUCCCGGAGAGUACGACGAGUGACACUACCGCGGUAUUUGAUUUCGAAGCAGAGGCAUACUACUUUCAGUCUGGGCAGUUGUGGGCCAAAUUGGCACUAGGCGAAGCAUUUUACUCACGAGUCAUGUCUCUGUUUGGUGAAUAUCCGUGCACAAAUCAAUCAGUUGCUCCAAGCUACAUCGCGUUCACAACGGCCGCGGUAACUGUUCCCUUGUGCCUGUUUACGGUCCCUGGAAAUUUACUCGUCGUGUUAGCAAUCUUCGUCGAUCCAAACAAAGAUCUAAAAUCGCCUUUCAACUACUUUGUGGCCAGCCUUGCCAUUAGCGAUCUUUUGAUGGGAUUCUUCGUCGACCCGACUUCGGUAGUGUAUCAUGUAAUGGAAGGAACUGCUAGAAAAAGACCACCAGCAUCCUACCUUCACGUGCCGUUAUUCAUUUCGUGUACAGCUUCUGUUCUCAGUUUGGCAGCUUUAACACUGGAUCGAUAUUUGGCGAUAACGUCUCCGCUAACCUACAGAACACAAUUGAAUCCUAAGCGAGCGGGUUUUGUGGCGGCUGGCAUCUGGGUAUUCUCAUUAAGUUUCCCUUUCAUAUACCUUGUUACAGGCUACCUUACAUAUUCAUUUGUCUUUCUCCACACAGUCGUAAUUGGCACUCUCUUAGUCAUCCUUCUUACGUAUCUGAGAAUAUUUCGUGUGAUCAGAGAUCAAGUGAAACAAUGGGAUUCUUUGGAUCAGACAAACGUGGACAACCAGGCAAAGAGACAGGCGGCAAGAUGGGAACAGAAAGUGACCAAGACCUUUAUUAUUAUACUGACUCUCUUCUUAGCAUGCUAUCUUCCUGCCUGUAUCUGCAUUUACAUUGUUAACUUAUGCAAAGCGUGCAGUUGCACUCUUAUACACUGGGCAAGAGAUAUUCCUGCUCUUUUGAUCACGGCUAAUUCAGGAGUGAACCCUUUUGUGUAUGCCUGGCGGUUUGAAAAUUUCAGGAAAGCGUUCGCAAAACUUUUGAGGAACAGAAAGUGCUGUAGAAAACAAAGACAAAGAACUUUAACAUUUGAAAACAUAGCCAUGCAGGGAACAGAAAGUAACUAAGGCUGCUACCACAAUAUUGGCUCUAUUUUUUCUGUAUCUCCAGUUAUACCUCUAUUCACUUCAGUGGGUCAGAGAUUUUAAUUUUAUUCUGAUCCUCGCCAUUUCAGGAGCGAAUCUGUUUGUUCGUGCUCAAGUUCCGCAAGGCGUUUUUAAAAUUAUGAGACGUACAGAAAGUGUUAUGGUUAUUUGAGGGAAAGAACAUUAGAAUUUGACACCCUUAAAGGGAAUACUUCAAGUUAUUUAGAGUAGCAAAGUGUAAACCUGCCUAAAAAUACGGCGAAGUUUGAAGAUACAAUUUUUUUUAUCAAGAACGUCUUCUUCUUUGGCUAGGGAAUCCCGAGCCUUAAAACUCAUCAAGACCUCAAGUUAACAAAGUGGCGAACGAAUACAAUUUGUAUAUAUUUUAAAAUUGUUGACUGUCAAUACACAAUAAUUCCUUGAACAGGGAUUAAGACUUUCAACAAUUUGUGUUGGUAAAAAGUGUUGACAAACCUAUCACGACGCCGACCCUGGAGAUUUUGUUGGACUUGGGCACCUAGCAUAGUUUAGACUGAAGGAGUACUCCUAUUAAGGCUUUCCUCCCCUAAAUGAGAUGAGGGGAAGGUCUUUG